AUGAGGCCUGUGAGCAGCAGCCCGAGCAGCAGUCCCGCUGGGGGGUUGACGGCAUGGCACUCCCCCAUCCCUUAUCUCUUUGGUGGCUUUGCUCUACUUCUCUGCCUCAUCGCCGUCGCCUUGACCGUUUUAGCUUGCAGCCACAGGAAGGACUCCAGCCGGGACACGGUCGACGGUCUGCCGGCGGAGCCGAUGAGCGUUAAGAUCGACCUGGAGCCAAAGAUAGUGGUGAUCAUGCCGGGAAAUCUGGCUCCCACGUUCAUAGCGAAGCCCAACGCCGUCUGUUGA